AACGUUACGAUUCAAAUUCAAAUGAACACAUCAAAUUCUGAAAUUCAUAUGAUUUACAGUAUGGCCGCUAGGUGGCAGUAAAGUCAUACCUGUUUCAAGCGUACAAAAAAGAGGAGCGAGUUCGAGGGGAGAUAGCGUUCCUUUCAGGCUUUCAGUUUCUACAUUCACUGUGCAUUCUCGUCAGAGUUAACGUGACGCGUUAGUUUGGCUCUUCGUCUUCAAUUUUGAUAUGUUAGAAUGGCAAACCUUGGCUACAGUAUUUUUUGCAUAAUGAAAACACUCUGGAAGGAUCUACCUGCUAACGAAAAGACUCGUUACAAAGUCAAAGCUACCCAAAUCAGUUACUAUGCCUAUUUUGAAACGCUGACUCCUGAAGAGCAAAAAGACGAACUGUUCAGUUUUGAAGGGAUUUCACUUCAAAUCUUUUGCAACUCAUUAUGGAUUGUCAAGCCCACUUCCGCAACUUUAGCAUCCCCAGAGCGUUCAAGUGAUCCGCAAUCCGAUAUAUCAAGACUCUGGAUGGAAUUAAGUGAGGAAGAGAAGACUGAAUACAACGAAGAAGCUACACAAGCGAAUUACUCUUACAAAAUGAAGUAUGCUGCUUUUCUUGACACUCUGACUCCUGAACAAAAAGAAUUUGAACUCUUUAAGCUGUAUCGAAUGGCUUCAAAAAGGCUGAAGAUGGCCAGACAUUGAGACUAAACCGGCUGAAAAUGUAACAAUUAAUUGAAGUGUAAAAUGUUUCACCAACUUACAAACUUCGUGAAGUGCCUAUCAAUACUAAGUCAGUGGUCGUCAAAUUGUUGUUGAACAUCCGUUCAUUCAUAAUCUAGAAAUGGGUAACAAAGAAAUUCUUUGAAGGUUUUAUGUGUUUAAUUUUUUAAAAAGAGGGGACGGUAUAUGUUGAAUGUAUUUAGUCGCUCUCACAGUUUAAAUAAAAAUGAUUCCGUUCAAAAAAUAACCUUUUCCUCAAUCUGAUUUGUCCAUCAAUUUGGAUCAAUUUUCCCAAAUUUGGAAGGGAGAAUAUUAAGUCAAGUGAUUAUCAAAGUUACUUGCCUUUUUUUGUUUAGUUCUUUUCUUUCAAUUGAGUGUCAAGUGCUAACGAGCGGAUAUUGUUUUCAUGUUACCAUGUUACUGUCAAACGUUUCUUUUUUUUACGCUAGACGGCAUAGCCAUUUUAUCAUUUUCCGCUCAGUUCAUAAUGCCAACCAACAUUUUAAAUUCGAUAACAAUUGGAUAUCAACAAUAAAUACCUUUUAAUUUC